AUGGGAUUUGUGGAAAGUUCGGCAACCGGUUGUCGUCAUGGGCGGCGGCAGCUGCACGGGCGGGAAACUGCAGCGGUGCGUCGUCUGCGUCCCUUUCAGCCACCCAAUCAGCCAGCCGACAAUUCCUCGCCUACUCACACAAUGGCAAGUGCGGCUGGUUUGAAGAAUGCAGAACGAGAACGUCUCUCGCUCAGGACGGAAGUGCAAGUUGUUCAAUAA